AAGCCUGCGGGGCCACAGUGUGUUCCUUCGGGGCAAAGUGCAUGGAUGGGCGGUGCCUCUGCCCCCCUUGCGAGCAACAGCCCUUGUCCCGCGUCUGUGGAAGCAACGGCGUCACGUACAGCAACGAGUGCGAGCUGCGCCUGGCGGCUUGCCAGCAGAAGGAAGAGCUGGAGGUGGAGAAGAGGGGCCCGUGUGAAGAUGAGUGCGGCUCGGGCGAUGGGUCUGGCUCCGGAGAUGCCAUCGAGUGCGAGAGAGACAGCUGCCGGAAGUACGGGGGUUCGUGGGACGAGGAUAUGGAGGAUGACCGUUGUGUGUGCGACUAUACCUGUGGGACUGUACCACAGAACUUGGUGUGUGGAUCGGACGGGGUGGCCUACGCUAAUGAGUGUGAGCUGAAAAAAUCCCGCUGCGAGAAACGCCAGGACAUUUACGUGGCAAGCCAGGGACCCUGCCAAGGGGUCCCAACGCUUCCGUCCUCUUCGCCAGAACUCCUUCACUGUAGCAAAACCGUUUACGGCUGCUGUCCAGACAACAUGACUUUAGCCCUUGGAGUGGGGUCGGCUGGAUGCCCCAGCACUUGCCACUGUAACCCCUACGGCUCCUACGGAGGGAGCUGUGAUCCCAGCAUAGGCCAGUGCUCCUGCAAACCCGGCGUCGGGGGGCUGAAGUGCGACCGCUGCGAACCCGGUUUCUGGAACUUCCGCGGC